AUGUCAAGACAACUCUCUGUACGCCGCGGCCGCAAGCCAAGGAUUUCCCCUGCUGUUCGGGAUCUCUCGUUCAGCGACGUUGAUGACCCCCAGCCAUCGACGUCGGGAAUCCAACGCUUGCGGAAUGCCCCAGAUCCUCUUCUGUAUCUGUAUUCAACAGACGAAGAGGAUUAUACACCUCUGAAAUUGAAAUUAAUCUCCACUCGAUUUGACGGUGACGACUCGCACUGGGAGGGAUCCGAGUUCGAUACCGAAGAGUCGGGUGUGGACGACGACUCAAGAGGAAGAUUUCGACUAUGUCCCGCUGGUGGAUACCUCUUUGGACUCCGACGAGCCCCUCGCAGAACCAUCGUGGACGAGACGAAUCGGUAUGUUCGACAGAACCCGCGCACCCCUUCAUCCCAUAUGAAGGGGUGGGAGGACACAACGGUGCGGGAAGUCCGCUCCUAUGUCGGCUUACGAUUCCUGAUGGGCCUUCAGUCGAAGAGGGACCAGAGGGAAUGGUGGUCGACGGACCCGUUGAUGUCCUCAUCGGUGUUCGCCAAGACGAUGACCAGGGACCGCUACGAUGCUCUGACCUCCGCGCUCCACUUCGCUGAUAACGAAGGGGAGCAUCCCGCGGAGGACAGGCUUUGGAAGCUGCGCCCUGUGUUAGACGUCUUGGAAUCGACGUAUCGAUCCGCCUUCGUCCCGAACAAGAACGUGACCGUCGACGAGAGCUUGUGGGCCUUCAAGGGGCGUCACCACGCCCUCCAGUACAAUCCGAGCAAGAGGGCUCGGAGAGGGCUGAAGGUCUACAAGCUUUGCUCGUCCAACGGUCCAGAGGCAGGGUAUAUGGCGGCCUUCAAGAUCUACAUGGGGCAGGACCGCGGCGUAUUUCCAUCCAGCAUGAAGGCCGUCACCGACCUGCUGGAGAAGGCAGAUCUAUUCGACAAGGGGUACCAGUUAUACACCGACAACUGGUACACCUCCCCGACUCUUCCAUUACCUGCAGGCCCGGAAGACCAGCGCUGUUGGGACAGUACGUCUGAACCGGCGUGGCAUGCCCUCGGACCUGCAGGCGAGUCGGGGACAAAUCGACUUCCGGUCCAGCAAGACCGGAAUGAUCUGCCUUCAGUGGGUGGACAAGCGUCCUGUUACGAUGCUUUCUACCGCCCACACCAGCAAGGUCGUUACCCUGCCUCCCAACCGCCGAGGGGUGGAGAGGUCGAAGCCUGA